UCUCUUGUGCCCACUCUGUGCUCUUUGAUUGGACAAGGCAGUAACGUUAGCAACCACGCAGAACAGCCAAGGAGUGUAAAUGUUCAAAACGAAAACGUUAACAGCACAACCAACGCGAAUAUUCCGACUUUCAAGUGGAAUAUAACCUACCUUGUCAGCACCGACGACGUUUAUCGCAAAGCAGCUGUCGGGUGAGCAAUGCCGCCGGCCCCCAGCUGCGACUGCCCCCACCUGGACUGCGUGGGGGAGAUCACCAAGGAGGAACUCAUCCACAAAUCACAUGGCCAGUGUCAAGACUGUAAAGUUGGAGGACCAAAUUUGUGGGCUUGUUUGGAGAAUGGCUGUGCAUACGUCGGCUGCGGAGAAUCCCAUGUGGACCAUAGCACCGGACACUCGCAGGAGACCGGCCACAACCUGACGGUGAACCUGACCACGCUGCGAGUGUGGUGUUAUGCCUGUGGCAAGGAGGUCUUCUUGGACCGUAAACUAGUCCCUCAGCCCCCGCAGUCCAACAGCAAGCCUCUUGCUUCCUCUCAGCAGGGUAACAACAGAGCCUCUCCUCUGAGCCCCGCCUCCCUCCGUGUGACCCCCAAUGGCGUUUCCGAAGACCUGGAUAUGGAGACGGAGGAAGAGGAUGACAUGCGUGCUCGAGGCUUGACUGGACUGAAGAACAUCGGCAACACAUGCUACAUGAACGCUGCUCUACAGGCCCUGUCCAACUGCCCGCCCUUGACGCAAUUUUUCCUCGAGUGCGGCGGCCUGGUUCGGACAGACAAGAAGCCAGCGCUUUGCAAGAGCUACCAGAAACUCGUGUCUGACCUGUGGCACAAGAACAGACCCUCCUACGUGGUCCCGACUAAUCUGUUCCAGGGAAUCAAAGCCAUAAACCCAAUGUUCAGAGGAUAUUCUCAGCAGGACUCGCAGGAGUUUCUGCGCUGCUUGAUGGACCAGCUGCACGAAGAGUUGAAGGAGACGCUGCCGGAGCCAUACGAGCCAUCCGGCAGCGUCACUGUGGAUGACAGCCCGCCCAAGGAGGAGAACCAUAACCAGUCAGACAACGACUUUCAGUCAUGCGAGUCGUGCGGGUGCAGCGAUCGGGCCGAUAGCGAAGUACUCCACGCAGACGUGCCCACUGUCGUCGUUGACAACGAGGCUGAGAUGCUGAUUCCCGAGCAGGACGACGUCCAGGCCAACAGAGAGUGGCAAAAGGAGAAGAACAUGAUCAACGACAUCUACCGCGCCGGGGAGAACACAGCAGCGGACAUGGACAAAGAUGUUGACACCACCACAGAGACCACGCCCAUUAUCAGCAGUCAGGGACACAUUAAGACACAAAGCAGGACAUCGGAGUCCUUUCCAGAUAUGCAACUGUCCAACAUCACAAGACCACAAAGUCCGGUCCCUCUGCAGGCCCACAAAAUGUCCAGCAGCCCGCCCAAAGCUUCCUCUGUGUGGCCCAGCCUCAACACUGCACACAAGAAAGCGAUGAGCACGUUCUCCCCACCCAAGAGCAAGUGUCAGAGGAGGUACCAUAGCGUCAUCUCGGACGUGUUCGACGGGACUAUUGUGAGCUCUGUGCAGUGCCUCACCUGUGAUCGGGUGUCGGUCACGCUGGAGAACUUCCAGGACAUCUCCUUACCCAUCCCGGGGAAGGAGGACCUGGCCAAACUGCACUCCGCUACCCACCAGACAUCCCUGGUGAAAGCCGGCUCCUGCGGGGAAGUCUACGCGCCACAGGGGUGGAUUGCAUUUGUCAUGGAAUACAUCAAGAGCUGGUUCUGGGGUCCGGUGGUCACGCUACAAGAUUGUCUCGCGGCUUUCUUUGCCAGGGACGAGCUGAAAGGCGACAACAUGUACAGCUGUGAAAAAUGCAAGAAGUUACGAAAUGGAGUCAAGUUUUGCAAAAUGCAAAGUUUGCCAGAGAUUCUGUGUAUCCACCUGAAACGCUUCAGGCAUGAGCUGAUGUUCUCCACCAAGAUUGGCACCCAUGUCUCCUUCCCUUUAGAGGGCCUGGACCUGCAGCCCUUCUUAGCCAAGGACAGCUCAACACAGACUACCAACUACGACCUGCUGUCAGUCAUUUGCCACCAUGGCACUGCCAGCAGUGGCCACUACAUUGCAUACUGUCGGAACGACCUAAACAAUCUUUGGUAUGAGUUUGAUGACCAAAGCGUGACCGAGGUGUCAGAGUCUUGCGUCCAGAAUGCUGAAGCUUAUGUGCUCUUCUACAAGAAGAGCAACGAGGACGCAGUGAAGGAGCGCAAUCGGGUGUCGGGCUUGCUCAACAUGAUGGAGCCCAGCCUAUUACAGUUCUACAUUUCCCGCCAAUGGCUCAACAAGUUCAAGACCUUUGCGGAGCCGGGGCCCAUCUCCAACGAAGAUUUCCUGUGCCCGCACGGAGGUGUUCCACCCAACAAAGCAAACUACAUUGAGGAGCUGGCCGUAGUGGUACCACAGAACGUGUGGGACCACUUGUACAGCAGGUACGGGGGAGGACCUGCCGUCAAUCACCUGUAUGUCUGCAACACAUGCCAGAUUGAGGUUGAGAAACUAGAGAAGCGACGCAAAUCAGAGCUGGACAUGUUUGUCCGGCUGAACAAGGCCUUUCAGGAUGAGGAGUCUCCGGUGGUCAUAUACUGCAUCAGCAUGCAGUGGUUUCGUGAGUGGGAGGGUUUUGUCAAAGGGAAAGACAAUGAUCCACCAGGCCCCAUUGAUAAUUCCAAGAUAGCAGUGAGCAAGAUUGGCCAUUUAACACUCAAACAAGGCGCCGACUCGGGCCAAAUCUCCGAGGAGACAUGGAACUUCCUGCAUGCCAUCUACGGUGGCGGCCCACUGGUGACUGUGCGGCCCAGCGUGGUCGCCGGCCACCAGGAAGCGGACGCCUCCCACCAGUCAGAGGAAAAGAUCGAGGUGGAGACGCGCUCGCUUUAAAAACAAAAGCAAACAAAGAACAAGGCAACGAGUUAAAAAAAAAAAAAGCCUUUUUAAUUUUUUGCACCUUGAUUUGAAACGCAUUCACGCAAAAAAAAAAAAAAAAAAGGACGCCAGCAUUAACUGCUUACGCGACAACUCGCUCCAAAAAGGGAAUCAAAACUUUGUCGUGUUGUACAAAUGUGUAUAUGUUUCCAUUAGCACUGAAGUUGUCUCGUGUCACUAUUUUAAAUGUGUGCAGCUAGAUAACAACAACAAAAAAAAACACGGAAUGCCAUUUUAUUUUGAACAAAUGAGCACAUGUACCGCGUGUUUGUCAUGACACUUGUUGUACUAUAGCACUUCCACCGACGAACGUCUUAAGGUUAUGAAGGGACUAAUUAACGAGUCUGAGGAAUUUUUGUGUACUGUCGUGUAGAACAGCGCUUCUCAGCUGGUCUGGUAACCCCUUUUCUCGCAACAAAUCCUUAAAAUUAUCUAACUUUGACAGCACUUGUUGCCUCACUUUGCUCCACUCACAUUAGAUGAAGUAGACAAAAGAGCACCGCCCAUCUGUUUUGGAUGCCGUUCAAUUCCAGGUAUGGGUGUCCUUGCGACUUUUUCCUCGAAUCCAAAUAUGAUCAACAUGUCCACUCAGUUACAUGUUGCAAUGUGAAACUGGCUUUGAGGCUGAAUUUGCAAAUCAUUCACACCCUUUUUCAUGGCGUCUGUUAAAUAUACUUGUUUCCUGGUGGAACUAAUUUGGGUGAAUUCCCUAGUAGGAGUUAGAGUACUUCAGCGCCAUGGUAUCUGCCCAUAAUGGCUGUUUCAAACCAAAAUGGAUGACUUCCUGUUCAAUUCAGGAGACAUUUUCAUGCAUCCUGAUAUGGUUGACAUGUUACCCAUUUUUUUGUUGCUAGAGAAAACUCACUUGGGGUGCUGAAUUUAAAAUAAGAUCCCCUUUCUAUGGUGAUCAAAAUGAUCGGCAAACUCUGCUGCCUUGUUCUGCCCACAUCAGAUAGCAAAAAAAACCCCACCAAGUUUACGAUUUGGUGUUGCCCGUCUAUUUAGGGUACCUCCUUCAGAUUUGGGCAAAUUGCUUAGUAAAGGUUCUUUCAAGUUGCGCAAAAGUCCUUGAAUCUACCCAAAAUGGCUGCUUCAAACCAUAAUUGCCAACUCCUUGUUCAGUCCCAGAUCAUUGAGACUUAUUCAUGCGUCCUGUCAUGAUAGACAUCCACCAGAUUUCAUGUUACAAAGUAAAACUUGCUUUUGGGGCUGAAUUUUCCUUGCUCAAAACGGAUGCCGGAGCUCAGCCCACCAAAACUCUGUUGCUCACCAAAACAGCAUGACCCAUUGACGCACAUCCAGCGUGGCAUAUAAUAAACCAGUUUCCCCGUCUUUUUGACGUUUGGUUCCACCGGUUGAGAAUCGCUGCUGUUUCAACACGCAAACGGGCAUGCAGAUGUUUGAAUGUAACAAUGGUGUAUGUUGGAUUAAGAUUCAGCACUUAUUUAUCACAGACAGGGAGUUUAAAAAAAGGAUGUUAAUUUUUUUUUGUAUAAAUAUAAAAGAGUACCUGAAAUAGGACUGCAUGCUUUCAACAUUGCAAAUCUCACAACUCCUAACUGUGCACGACCUAGCCUAGCUAGACACAACACACCAGUAUA